UCAAGCACUCCUGGAAUAUUAGUUAUGCAAUAUUACUUACCAUUCACCUUAGGCUUUGUCGCUAUAAUUACUGCGAUCUGCGUCUACUACUUUUACUGUUUGUAUCGACAACGCAAAAAAAGUAACGAGAAAGUUUUGCCUCCAAUAAUGACCGACAUCGAAUUAGAGACUUUACAUGAGAUACCUAACAGUAACGUUCAACUCAAUACGUUAUACAGUCCUAUGUUGGAAUAUAAUUUGGAUAAAUAUGUACUGACCGAAAUCAAACGUGAAGAAAUUAGAUUAGAAAAACUUUUAAGCAGGGGCGUAUUCGGACUGGUGUAUCAAGCAAAAAUAAAGAAUUUAGAAAGACCGGGCAUGGAGAUACCCGCUGCCAUAAAAAUGCUUCAAAAAGAUGCUUCCUCGCAAGAGAAAAAGAAGUUUUUAGAAGAGGCUAGACUUAUGAAUCAUUUCCGACAUAAACAUGUGCUAAGAUUGCUGGGCGUCUGCUUAGAUGAAGAUUCUCCAUUAAUCGUGUUGGAAUUAAUGGAAAAUGGUGAUCUGCUACAAUAUUUGAAAGAUAAUCGAAAAUUGCAACCGUCAGAUUCGCACGCUCUGCGUUUGCAAGAUUUGUUUUCCAUGUGCGAAGAUAUUGCGCGAGGCUGUUGCUACCUGGAAGAUCUGCGCUUCGUUCAUAGAGAUCUCGCGUGUCGAAAUUGCUUAAUAUCCGCGAGAGAUCGCGAGAACCGGAUCAUCAAAAUCGGCGAUUUUGGACUAGCUAGAGAUUUAAAGAAUGACUAUUAUCGCAAGAUAGGACAAGGUUUGCUUCCUAUUUGCUGGAUGGCACCGGAAUCUUUGGUGAUCGGAAUAUUUACUUCCAAAAGCGACGUUUGGUCAUUCGGGGUUCUAAUGUGGGAAAUUACAUCGUUGGGCGAGCAUCCCUACACUGGCAGGACUAAUCUGGAAGUAAUAGAUUAUGUACGCGCUGGAGGCAGAUUGCCGAUGCCUCUUAAUUGUCCACCGCCUUUGUACGAGUUGAUGUUGCGUUGCUGGAAUCCAGCGAACGAUAGACCAAACUUCAAACUAUGUCUCGAAAAUAUUAUAGCUCUAAGAAAUGACAUAGAAGAUACUUUAUUGAGUCCAGUGGAUAUUAUCUAG